CGUUGCUUAUGAACCAUUAUAUAGAUCCAUUGUUCGCCUAUGUUGAAAGAAAUCAAUUUUAAGGAUGAUUCCGUAGGAAAGCUAAGACAACUACGAGACGAGCAUCACGUUGUCUGCACAGGAGAGAAUAAAAAGAUGCUGUCCCAGUUCAUUUUUCUGUAACCAUCAUCAACCAUCUUGGUACACAAUACAAGAUCAUUACGAAUUUAUAUACUACACUUAUACUUAUACUUACUGAAAACAAACCUAAAAUAAUUUCACAAUGUCCAUGUCCAGAUCCAUGUCCAACAACGACGAUUUCUCGCGCCACAACAUCCCCGGCUUCAUGGAAGACGACACGCAUAUCAUCGAGGCAGAUGAUGACUCGGAUGGUGACGAGGUAGUGGACAUAGAAGACAUGUCGGGCAUCGACAACUACGUCGACGAGGAUUGCACCGUGUCGGAUGAGGAGUCUGAGCCUGAGGAUCUCGCAGGGAUGCACGGCAACGGCGACAGCAAAUUACAGAGUGAAGUGAACCGCCUCCGGAAAGAGCUUGCAAGAGCUAAUGACGAAAACGAGAAGAAGGAUGGCAAAUUGGUAAAGCUUGAGUGGAGCAAGGGUGAGCUAGUAAAGGAUACUAACCGGUUAAAUGAGCAGAUGAAUGAGUUGAAGGAGAAAUUGACGACGACAGAAGUUGGCUCUUUGAACAAGAAUCUGUCAGGUAGCAUGUAUGGUGUCAAGGAUGGUGGCUACAAUCCUCUUCAGGAUAGGGUGAAUCAUCUCAGCCAGGAACUGAGUGAAGAAAAAGAAGCGAAUGAAGAGAAGACUGGGAUGAUUGCGAAGCUCGAAUGUGACCUCAAAUUGGCUCAGGGACGGUUUGCGGAAGAUACCGACCGGAUGACCGGGGAAAUUGAGCAUCUUGAGCACGCACUAGCGCAGGAGCAAGAAAACGUAAAGGACUUCAAAGCUCAUAUCAUGGAUCUUCAACGCCACAAGUCAGACAUGGAGGAAGACCUCAAAGCGGCAGGGGAGCAGCGUGCGAGCGAUGUGGAAGAAAACGAGAAUUUGCGCACGCAGCUCAAGUCCUGCAAUGAGAAAUCGAAAUGUAUGCGGCAGCGUAAUGGGGAGAUGGAGAAAGAGAUGCGAGCAAUGGUUGAUGACUUUCAGAAAGUUCUGGCGAAGGCUAACAGUGACAAAUAUGAGUAUAAGAAAAAGUACGAGUCGUCCCAGGGUCAACUGGGGGAGAUGGCCAGUGCGUUGGAGAAUUGCGAGAAUGCAUACUUACAGCAAAAAGAACAGCUCUUCAGGUCGAACCAUUCGCUUCAGCAGGUCCGAUAUGAGGCCAAUUAUACGCAGUUCGACUCUGGCUUUAAUGGCAAUGACAGCAGGUCUCCCAGCAGAAAUGAUAAUCAGCCGCAAUCUACGCGGCUGGAUGCAGAACUCGAAGAUGAACUGGAGAGUGAAACAGAAGGUUUUUAUUUCAUCCGAGACGAGGGAAUUUCCGAUAAGACUGAUGUUUCUCAACGGGGCGACCAUGCUGAUUCUUGGUUAAACCCGAACAAGUCCCGUUCCCCUGGUCGCGCACGAAGUACAAACUUUGAUGGAAGCAUGUCUGAUUCAGAAGAUGGGUGGAUAGGCACUUCAGACAAUAACGACGACGGUGAUUUUGUUGAACUAAGCCCCGGCGUGGACAUGGAUUUGAAUGGUAAGUCCGCUAUCGAAGUGGUACACGAUGAAGCACCAACUUCAGAUGGAAACAAGCCAGAGAGUGAAGAUGAGUACUAUGAAGACGUAGAGAGCAACCACACAAGCAGACUACUCGCAAACAGCAUACACAAGCACGAGGAAGCUCUAGUCAAUCAUCCGAGACAGCCCUUUGGGAUUCCGUCGACCUCGAGACGGUUUUGGGCAGACGAAGACACAGCCCAGUAUGCGCCACAAUUUGAUCAUAGCGCAUAUCAGAAGCGAGAAACGUUUGAACAAGGGACUCAGACGGAAGACAUCCCUCGAACCCCCGACCGGGGUUUCAAUGAAGAGGAUCGAGAGCGGCUUAUCAGCACCCUGCACCCUCUACUUUACCUGCUUUACAUGCUGACGAUACUAUUGGGUGGUAUGAUAAACAGGCUGAUACGCCUCGAGGUAACCCUCAAAAAGCAGUUCAAUCUUCCAACCGAUGUUGAAUAUAUCAAGACAAGCUCGAGGGAUCAGAUCCAUGGGGCCAUGGACACAUCUCCAAGCCAGCAGGAUGAUACGGCGCAGCACCAGUCGGAAGUAACCAUGACCACGUCCGUCCGAAAAGCCGAGGGACAUCUUAAACACCUAGUGCGAUAUGUACUCCUGUGGAGCUGCGUUCUCGGAGUUUUGAUGGUAAGGCUGGUGUAUGUGUGGUGGAGUGAUGACGAGUGGCAGUGGACAGCAGCUAACAAGACCCCACGCUGUGUUCCUAUUGAGUUGCUUAGAGGCCACAGCAAUGAGCAUGACUGGGUGCAGGUAUGGAACUUUCAAGUGGUGAAAAUUUUGAAUGACCGCGUGGCAGGCUAGCCUUAUAGGUUAGUGUCCGGAUGCAUUUUUAGAACCGGCGACUAAGCCACUUGAUAGAUCGUGAGCAUGCUAAAAACGUCAAGUAGGGUAUUAAGUAUAGAAUAGACUGGGUAUUCUUAUUCUUCUUCUUUCCAUUAUUGUGUUGUUGUUGUACUCUAUAUCACCUAUCUCAGUAUUGAAACACU